AAUUCAACUUCUAUCAAUAUGGAUCACCAAACCGAAAAAGCCUUCCAAAAGCAACCUGGAAUUUUCCAAAACUCCAAGGACACCAAGAAGCGUAACCAACGUUGGUACAAGGAAGUUGGUUAUGGUUUCAAGACCCCAAAGGAAGCCAUCAACGGUACCUAUAUUGAUAAAAAGUGUCCCUUCGUUGGUGAAGUCAACAUUCAAGGUCGUAUCCUCACUGGUGUUGUCGUCUCCACCAAGAUGAAGCGUACCAUCAUCGUCCGUCGUGAUUACCUUCACUACGUCCCCAAGUACAACCGUUACGAAAAGCGUCACAGCAACGUCGCUGCUCACAUCUCUCCUGCUUUCGAUAACGCCGCUGUCGAAAUUGGUGAUAUGGUUACCAUUGGUCAAUGUCGUCCUCUUUCCAAGACCGUUCGUUUCAACGUUGUUAAGGUCACCAAGGCUAAGAGUGCUUCCAAGUCUUUCUCCAAGUUCUAAAUUAGAUAAUGCUAUUUAAUUUAUGAAUAAAACAGUAGUAACUUUACUAUAAAGACUCUUUUUUAACAUUUUAUAUGUGUCGGUCUUUCUAAAACUCACCAUAUGAUUUCCGAUAUAUACGAACCUUAGAUUUUGUGCAGGGAGCUUAUUUUUACACUUCUUAUACAGGAGCGUGCAUGAGAUCGAUUCCUAUUUUAAUUUGAUCUUUUCGCUUCAAGGUUUGCUUGUGCGCCAAUCGAUGUGUAGAAAUAGCUUUGAAUAAGGCUGAAAACAGAAGG